CGAGAUCAGCAAGUUUUAUAAGGAGUAAACGAAACUUUUGAUAGGAAACAAAAACGAAACCCAGUUUACAGCUAGACGUGCAUGAUGUGCUCUUCAUAUAGAGCUGCGCGGGGCAUUUCUCCUGGACCAUCAACAACGACCUCAAAGACUUGGGCUGCAUUUUUCUCCUCAGAACUACUGAUACAUUGUAUAAUUGUCACUGCUAUUGCAGUAGGGAUUCAGAUCUUCAAGCAACAAAAACAGGAUUUGGAUGAUAUAGUGCAUCAUCCAGACGAUCCACUCCGGAUUCUUUUGGUUGGAAAAACAGGGGUGGGAAAAAGUGCAACAGGCAACACAAUCCUGGGACAAAAGGUUUUUAAAUCAGAGAUAUCUUCCUCCUCUGUGACUGGACAAUGUGAAAAAUUUCAUGCAAUUAUAAAUGGCAGAAAAGUGUCCGUCAUUGACUCUCCAGGUCUGUUUGACACCAGCCUAACUAAAGAUGACGUGAUCAACAGAAUUAAACGCUGUAUUCCUCUCUCUGCUCCUGGUCCACAUGUCUUCUUAGUUGUGAUUCAGCUGGGCAGAUUUACAGAUGAAGAGGCAGAAGCUGUUAGAAUCAUUCAAGCUGUUUUUGGUGAGGAAUCUUCCAUGUACACCAUGGCACUUUUCACUCAUGGAGAUCGACUGGAGGGCAAAAACAUUCACACAUUUGUGCGGGACAACCCAAAUCUGCUCAGUUUCAUCAAAACAUGCAAUGGACGAUACCACGUGUUCAACAAUAAAGAACAAAAUCCUGAAAAGGUCAUUCAGUUGUUCGACCAGAUUGAUAAAAUGGUCACUGGGAAUGGUGGGCAACACUACACCAGUGAGAUGCUUGAAAGGGUAGAAAGAGCAAUUGAGAAAGAGAAACAACGUAUCCUGCAGGAGACAGCAGAGCAGAGACGGAGGGAGAUAGAAGCUCUGAGGGCUCAACUUGAGGAUGAAGCCUAUGAAAAAGCAUUAAAAAAGUUAAACGAGAAAUAUGACCAGGUGGCAAGAUACCAAGCUGAGAUUGACCUUCCAUUCUUAAUCCAAGUGGUCAGUUCUUUGAUUAAAGCAUUAGGCAAAUUCUUAUUGUGACCUACGUGAAAACUGACCAUGUGGCUAGGGAAAGAGGGUACUGAAAAAUCUCAUGAUUUAUAGAUGAUAUUUUUGAAAUUUACUUUACAAAGAGUUAUUAAUUAAUAGUAACAAAGCACAUUUACACUGCACAUUCUGGUGAAUGGGAAAUCUGAAAGUUCAAUCAUUUGAAGGUAUGGGUAUAUGAAGGUUGUAAGUAAAAUGACUGAGAAAUGUGUCUCUGAAUUGCAAACUCCUAUAAAUGAAGGAUUGCUUUCAUUUAUGUGUUCUAUAUAAGUUGUUCUUGAGAUGUUUUGUGUGUAUACAAAGUGAGAUCCUUUAACCACUACAUACCUUGUGAUCUUAUGUACUUGUUUUGGUUUACUGUAUAAGC